UUGACUUAUUACCUGGAAGAGUCAACGUCUCUGUACCUGAGAAUUCACCGUGAAGGUUAGGCGGGCUCUCACUGUUGGACUGAGAGCACCAAUUUCAGAUUUUUUAGUGGCUGGACAUUUUUAUCCCCUUUUAACAAUGACGACAAAGAGGCAGCUUGGAUGGCAAAAGCUAUUUCUGAUACUCACAGUACUUCCCUGCUGCAGGAGUUUGCAGGUUUCUAUUCCACAGCCAGAAUAUAAGGUUGCAAGAGGAAAUGAUAUUACUUUGACCUGUUCCUUCGUCCCAGCCCAACCACACAUCACCACACUCAUUCUCAAAUGGGAAGCUUUCUCUGACAUCGAUGGUGGUCCAACGAAAGCCGUGGCCACCUACUUUACAAAUGCUCCGACUGACAUUGCACCUGCUUAUGAAGGCAGAGCGUCUCUGGAGGUUGACCUUACCAACCAUGUGAGCACACUACAGUUAAAAAAGGUGACCAUGCAGGACAACCGUUCUUUCCAGUGCAGUGUCAUAAUACCUGGUGACGACGAGGGAACAACAGCUGCCACCACUUCCCUUUUGGUCCUGGUGGCUCCCUCUGCGCCGAUCUGCAGGAUUCAGGGAAAAGCGGAGUAUUGGCACGACAUCAGCCUCACCUGCAUGUCUGAGGAGGGAUCCCCAAAACCUACCUAUGACUGGAAGAGCUACAGUGUUCAGAACGUUCCCAGACAGUUGCCACCGAAAGCAACAGACAAGGAUGGAGUUUUAUCUCUCUUCAACAUUUCAAGAGAGAUCUCAGGGUUCUACAUUUGCACGUCAAAAAAUCCAAUUGCUUCUGCCAGCUGUAACUUAACCUUAGCUGUGAUGCCUGGUGGCAUGAAUGAGGCAUCGUUUGCAGGAAUAAUUGGAGGAGUUGUUGCAGGCCUUCUCCUUCUAGGGAUUCUCAUCUUCUGUUGCUACCGGAGAAACAGCAAAAAGGGAACGUACGCUGAGGGUGCCCCUGGAGAAGUGGAGUUUUAUGACAGAGAUGCUCCUGAAUCUGGAGAGCAGUACGAGGAUGACAAGCCAAACAGCGAGUUAAAGCAUCACAAGCAAUAUGAAGACAAUAUUGUUCCUCAAAACAAUUACAGUGAAGGACAAGCUGGAAUCAAGUUUGAGGAUGAUCAACACAGUUAUAGUAGCAGUAAAGAAAGGAAUGAUGGCAAGGCCAGUGAUAUUGACUCUCAGCAUUACCGGGGCGAUCAGCGUGACCAGUAUCGUGGAAGUCGUGAUCGUCUUGACGAUCAGCGAGAUCGUUACGGUGGCAGUCGUGAACACCUUGAUGAUAAACGUAACUACAGUGGCAGCCGUGAUCGCCUUGAAGAUCAACGAGAUCGCUAUGGCAGUCGUGAUCGCCUUGAUGAUAAACGUAACUACAGUGGCAGCCGUGAUCGCCUUGACGAUCAACGAGAUCGCUAUGGUGGCAGCCGUGAUCGCCUCGAUGAUCAACGAGAUCGCUAUGGUGGCAGUCGUGAUCGCCUUGACGACCAACGAGAUCGCUAUGGCAGUCGUGAUCGCCUUGACGAUCAGCGCAAUCGUUACGGCAGUCGGGAUCGCCUUGACGAUCGCCAUGACCGUUACGGUGGUAGUCGUGAUCGUCUUGAUUACAGUGACGAUCAAUACAGAAAUCGAUAUGAAUAAAUUAGUGUUACUGAAUGCUCUUUUUUCUUUCUUUUUUUUUUUUUUUUUUUGAUGCACUUAAAAUAAUUUUAUGUGUUCAUAGAAAGGCACAGUGCCUGAAUGCCAUAAAUUCACAUGCCAAAAUUACACGUAAGUACGACAACAGAGUGAUGUUGCUCUGAUUUUUUCUUUUUUAAAAGGUGGUGAAGAUUUUUUAUACUACUUAAAAUAAUUCUAGUUGUUUUUACUUCUCUCGUGAUGUAUCAUUCAAGGUAGCUUAACAUGGUUGAGGAAAAAUGGUAAAAUGGAACACCUGACAUGACUCUUGCUGUACUGAUGGAUAAUAGUGAAUUUAUCAAGACAACAGGUAAACAUGAUCAAAAUUUUGAGUUAACAUAGACCAAGUCAACUUGGCAACUUUUGACCCUGCACAACAGUAACAGUGUGCUAAUGUUUAACUGGUUUACUGUGAUCCAUGACUGAAAAAAACAUUAUACUUAAAACAGUAAACAAAAAUGACCAUAUAAUGUAUUGGUGUCCUGAUAAAGGCAGAUAAUAGAUCAGGUGGUAAAGUAUAUCCUGACAAAAAGCAGAAGGGCAUUCACUAUGAGUCCUUCAAGUUCUAUGUUGAAACACUGCAGUGUGUAAUAUUGUUUAUUCCAUAGCAACUUACCAAAGGAAGCUUGUAUGUAACUCUUUUGUAGUCUGUAAUCAGUUUAACCCAUGAUGUUGUUGUUGUUAUGGUUACCUGAAGUUCCAGUGGUGGCUAAAUUGUUGACAGGAAGCAUGUUUUAAUAUCCUAAUAUAGCCUACAUGUUAAAUGGACACCUGUCAAACUCUCAGGAACAGUUUGAGAUACUUUCUCUUAAUUUUCAGUAUAUCUGUUCUGCGUAUAAACAAAGACUUUUUUUUUACCUGUUCUUACCAUUCACAGUACAAUGUUUAAGGCCAGAGAGGGGUUUUUAUGCCCAGAGGUCACCUGACCUAAAUCUGCAUCACAGUUGCAUUAUUACUCAAUAAUGAACUUUCCUCAUUGAUAUUGUCAACACAUAUGUCAUAUUUAUGACUGAAAUUAUUUUUAGUUAUAUAAUGUUAAGCACAAAUAAUAUAAUUUAAAAAUAAUUUGUAGCAUGAAUAUUGUUUGUUUGUAUUUUCAUGGACAUUUCCCCAAAUUUCAAUAAAUGUAAGAUGAUCACCAAACACCACUAAAUCACCAAAAUAUUUACAUCCUGUAAAUUUAGCCCACCGCUCUACUUUAGUGAUUUGGGCGAUUGUUGUUUAAAAACACAUGACAUGAUCUUUGAUUUUAAGUCUGUUAAAUUCUUAGUUUGUGAUUAAAAGUACUGAUGUACUCAUACUUAUUUUUAUGUGUUGUAAAUCUCUUUGUAUAGGCAAAGUUAUGACAUUUUUUGCUUUUGCAUGUAACUGAUUUGGGGCAAAGUAAGUGCAACUUUAUGCUCAAAUAAAUUUUACUUGAAAGAU